AAUUAUUCCACAUUCAAACGCGCACGCACUUGUGGUCGUUAAAUGGGUGAUAAAUUAAAUACAAUCGCAUACUAUAGAUGGCUCGUGUAUCUAUUUAGUUUCACGAAUUCAGAAGAAAUUUAGCAAUUGUUGUAGUUUUAGUUUUCUUUUUAAUCAAAAAGUAUUAAUUUAUUUCUGUUAUUUUAAUUCAGUGAACGGUAUUUGCUUUAAUUAUUUCGUAUUUUUUUAAACUCCUUCAAAAUGCUGCACUUCAAGUCGGUUCCUGAAGACUACGUCAGGCAGUCUGCCAAAUGCGCCCAAGUGGCCCUAAACUGCAGCCGCGCUGUGCAUGCGCCGGCCCCGCGCAGCGCCAAACUGCCUCAACUGGCGGCUCUGACACCUAAGGUCCGAGCCUUCGUGGAGCGCAGUGCUGCCCUCUGCCAGCCGGAGCAAGUACACAUCUGCGACGGGUCGGAGUCGGAGGCCGCGGCGCUGCUGCGACUCAUGCAGCAGCAGGAGACCUUGCGUCGUCUACCGCAGUAUGACAACUGCUACCUAGCCCGCACGGACCCAUCAGACGUGGCUCGCGUAGAAUCUCGCACCUUCAUCUGCUCCGAACACGAGCGCGAUGUAGUGCCAGCGGCCAGAGCUGGGCAGAAAUCCGCGUUGGGGAACUACAUCGCUCCUAAUGACUAUGAGAGGGCGGUGGCUGAGAGAUUCCCAGGAUGUAUGAGAGGUCGCACCAUGUACGUGAUCCCAUUCUCCAUGGGUCCGGUGGGCUCUCCUCUGUCCAAGAUCGGCGUGGAGAUCACCGACUCGCCGUACGUCGUGUAUUCCAUGAGGGUCAUGACGAGGAUCGGCAGCAAAGUCCUAGAAGUCCUACGGAGCGACGAGCAGUUCGUGCUGGCUGAGCAUAUGCUGAUCGUUGGCAUCACUGACCCUCAAGGCCGCAAGCGCUACAUCGCAGCCGCGUUCCCCUCGGCCUGCGGGAAGACCAACCUGGCCAUGAUGACGCCGUCCCUCCCCGGCUACAAGGUGGAGUGCGUCGGUGACGACAUCGCCUGGAUGCGGUUCGACAAGAACGGCGUUCUGCGGGCUAUUAAUCCGGAGAAUGGGUUCUUUGGAGUCGCUCCAGGAACGUCUGCAGCGACCAACCCCAUAGCAAUGGCAACAGUAUUCAAAAACACGGUGUUCACGAACGUGGCUGAGACCAAAGAUGGUGGUGUGUGGUGGGAAGGCAUGGGUCCGGCGCCCGAGAGCCUGACCGACUGGAAGGGGCAGCCAUGGGACCCGAGCAAGAAGACGCCUGCAGCGCACCCCAAUUCUAGAUUCUGCACGCCUGCGGCGCAAUGCCCCAUGAUCGACGACGCCUGGGAGAGCCCCGAAGGCGUCCCCAUCUCCGCCAUCUUGCUCGGGGGGCGGCGCCCUGAAGGCGUCCCCUUAGUCGUGGAGGCGAGGGACUGGGACCAUGGCGUGUUCAUGGCAGCCAUGCGAUCGGAGGCCACUGCUGCCGCUGAGCACAGCGGCAAGGUUGUGAUGCACGACCCAUUCGCCAUGCGUCCGUUCUUCGGAUAUAACUUCGGGGAGUACCUCCAGCACUGGUUGUCCAUGCCGCGAGCUGGCCGCAAGAUGCCCAAGAUCUUCCACGUCAACUGGUUCAGGAAGGACCAGCAGGGCAAAUUCCUCUGGCCGGGCUUCGGCGAGAACUCGCGCGUGCUGGACUGGGUGCUCCGGCGCUGCGACGAGCAGCCGUGCCACGUGGACACUCCGCUGGGCUUCGUGCCGGCCCCCGGAGCCCUGCCCGUGGACGGCCUCGGUGACAUCAAUAUGAAGGAGCUGUUUAGUAUUCCGAAAGAUUUCUGGAUCAAGGAGGCGGAUUCCGUAGAAAAGUAUUUCAAAGAAGAAGUGGGCGAUGACCUGCCAAAGCAGAUGUGGGAACAGCUGGAAAUCCUCAGGAGGAACAUUCAGCGGUCUUAGACAAGCCAAAGAUCCGUGGACGAACGAAAACUAACCUUAUCCACUGUUGAACAGUGUUCAUAAUCGGUAAAGAAAGACUAACAAAAAUAAUUUGUAUUCGUUGAUAAGCAAAAUUGAACCGUACUUACUGUUGAUCAGUGUUCAAAAUCGAUAAACCAGGAAUAACAAAUAAAAGAGGCAGUUUUGACAGAUACUCCAUAUUUUAUAGAAACCGUUAAAGUGUAUAUUUUAGAAUAUUUCGUAGUGUAAAGGUACCCAUAGCAUCAAUUUGGGACUGUAUCAAUUACCUACUGUAAGUAUGAAUUAAUAUGUAUUAUUUAUUAAUUCUAAUAUUUAUUUACAUCUGUCAAUACUGCACUUUAAUCUUUUAGUAAGUUCGACAUAUGACGUUUUUUCAAUUUGGAAUAUUUGUUUUCCAUUUAAAUAUGUCGUCGUUAUUCAACUGGUCAAAAUUUUAGAUCUCUGGCAAUUUAUAUUUUUAUGCAUUUAAAUUCCACGUAUUCGAUGUACCUACCCAUUCCUUUGAAAUAAUUUAGCGUAAGUUUAUUUUAACGAUGUUUUAAUGAAUCGAAUUAAGGUUUUAAUCGAUAAUCGGAAGAAUGAAUAGGAAAUGUCAAUCGAUGAAUGUAUUAUGGCUGUGCUUAGCAAUUAAUGACGUUUCAAACAAAAGGCACCUCUGUCAAUUGUCAAUAAGAGCAAUUUUUUAUUGCAUGUAAAUGUAAUUAGCGACUUAUUGACAAAUGAAAAAAAACGUACCUUUUGUUUGACAAAUUAAGAAUUUAUUUGACGAAAUGUAAAUAGGUUAAGAGCAUGCUCAAAUAAAGCAAAUUGAUUUCUAAUGAUUUAUUGUAAUAAGAAAUGAGAUUUUAAAAUAAACGUUUAUUUUUA